CAACACUGUCAGCCAUGAGAUAUGGCUCCAUAAUAUGUGUUAUUAAAACUUAUAGGUAAAGCCGGAAAGAUCAAUUGUCAUGUGACAGUAUUGGCAGUUCAGUGAUUAUGACGUAAUUAGGAAGGUAACAGGUUGUGUUUACGUGUAAUUCUGCACUUGUGUGACAGGGAUAUAGAAGGUGACAUCUCGGGCAGAAUGGGGUGCAGACUACUCCGAUCAUGGACAUCUUUGGUAGCUGCAGGACUGCUGGUGGUUGUAGGGGUUGAGACCAGAAGCUUUACUAUUGACUAUUCUCACGACACGUUUGUCAAGGAUGGGGAAGCCUUUCGCUACAUCUCGGGCAGCAUCCACUAUACUCGUGUACCGAGGGAGCACUGGAAAGAUCGGCUGAUGAAGAUGUAUGCUGCGGGACUGAACACAAUACAAACCUAUGUGCCAUGGAAUUUUCAUCAGCGUCGACCCUUCCAGUCUGAUUUCUCUGGGAAUCUGGACUUUGCGACCUUCGUGAAACUGGCUCAAGAUGUGGGCUUGCUGGUCAUCCUGCGGCCCGGGCCCUACACUGAUGCAGGCUGGGACUUUGGCGGCCUGCCUGGCUGGCUGAUGGAGAGUCGCUACGUCAAUAGGAACAUCCUUCUACGUAGCAACAACACAGAUUACAUGGAGGCUGUGGCGAGAUGGUACGCUGAUCUCUUGCCCCGGGUCCGCCCUCUCCUCUACAGUAAUGGAGGACCUAUCAUAUCAGUGCAGGUGGAGAAUGAGUAUGGAUCGUACUUUGCCUGUGACCACAACUACCUGCGGACACUACGUGACAUCAUGAGGUCCUACCUUGGUGACGAUGUCAUCCUGUUCACAACAGAUGGCGCUGGGGCAAGCUACCUCCGAUGUGGGACUCUUGAAGGACUUUAUUCUACAAUCGACUUUGGGCUGACAGACUCGCCCGAGAAAGUGUUUGCUGUCCAGCGUCAGUUCCAGCCUCACGGCCCACUGGUGUGUUCCGAGUUCUACGUGGAGUCUCCUCUAGACUACUGGGGAUACAACCACUCCAAGCAGUCUCCCCAGCAGGCAGCGCAGAGUCUGGACCUCUUGCUGGCAUAUGGUGCCAAUAUCAACAUGUAUAUGUUUGACGGAGGAACCAAUUUUGGAUAUACAAGUGGAAGUUUACCAGGAACUGGGAACAAGGUGAAGUUUGUCACGACGACGUACGACCAUGAUGCUCCCAUGUCUGAGGCAGGAGAUUUGAGGGAGAAGUACCACACGAUACGGAAAGUUGUUUACAAAUAUGUGAAACGGCCAGUUGCUCCAGUCCCACCUAAUACAGUGAAGUUUGCAUAUGGUCAAGUACAGAUGAAGCUGGUUGGUGAUAUCAUGGACGUGCUGCCCUCUGUGUCGCUGUCUCCUGUCAAGUCUCUCUACCCUCUGUGUAUGGAAGACAUACACCAGUAUUAUGGCUUUACCCUAUACCGUCACGUCUCCGAGAGGUCUUACGUCAGACAGGAACUGUGGUUGGAUGGCAUUCGCGACAGAGGUUACAUCAUCAUCAACAAGGUGAUGCAGGGUAUCCUUGUCAGAGGGGAGAUAACCCAUCUGAACAUCACUCUACAUAAGGGAGACAACCUUGACAUCCUUGUUGAAAAUCAAGGCAGAAUAUUUUAUGGCAAUGACAUCAACAAGAAUCAGAAGGGUAUAGUUGGGAAUGUCACUGUGGGAGGCUUGGUGCUUCAACACUGGACGAUGUUCCCUCUCAGUCUGACCAAUGCUUCAGUCCACCUUGGCAGCUCAGUAUCAAGGCUGAAGGCCGACAGCGACACCAGCGAGACGCUUCUAACACCAUCCUUGUACAUAGGUGCAUUUGUGCUCCCAAGCUCACUGUCUCAGCCACUCGACACCUAUAUUGAUAUGAGACCCUGGCACAAGGGACAGCUGUUCAUCAAUGGCAACAAUGUGGGUGGCUACUGGCCAUCCCUGGGGCCCCAGGUGACUCUGUAUGUCCCCCUGUCAUUCCUCAAGCCCCACCCUGCUUCCAACACGGUUCUAGCCUUUGAGCUGGAGUCAGCACCCUGUCCACACACAUGCACCAUUCGGUUUGUUGAUCAGCCAUUCAUCAACAAGACUGUGAAUGUAUUUGAUUGAUCUACCAUUCAUCAACAAGACUGUGAAUGUAUUUGAUUGAUCUACCAUUCAUCAACAAGACUGUGAAUGUAUUUGAUUGAUCUACCAUUCAUCAACAAGACUGUAAAUGUAUUUGAUUGAUCUACCAUUCAUCAACAAGACUGUGAAUGUAUUUGAUUGAUCUACCAUUCAUCAACAAGACUGUGAAUGUAUUUGAUUGAUCUACCAUUCAUCAACAAGACUGUGAAUGUAUUUGAUUGAUCUACCAUUCAUCAACAAGACUGUGAAUGUAUUUGAUUGAUCUUCCAUUUAUCAAUAAGUCUGUAAAGGUAUUUGAUUGAUCUACCAUUCAUCAACAAGACUGUAUAUAUAUUUGAUAUAUAUAAUUAUAAUUGUAAGAAAUAAACUUAUUUAAAUGGAUAAGGAGCCCCAGGGAGACCAGAGAUUCAGAGCCUGGGGAAAUCUAGACUUGCUUCAUUUAGGGCUUUAGCAUUGCAGAUACCGCUAGGCUGUAGGGAAAAUAAUAUGGUUCAGGACUGUGAGACAGACUAAUGUAUUUGGUGAAGCAGACAUUUAUCAUCAAUUCUGAAAAUGCCCGUUAUUGGAUAAACAUUCAUGAACAUGACUGUAAAUGUAUUUGACUGAUCAACCAGUAUUAAGAUCCAGUAUCAAGAUUGUAGAUGUAUGUAUUUGAUCAUUAUGCACCAACAAGAUUGUGUUUUUCUUUGAUUAAUCAGUUAAUCAUCAUUAAUAUUCUGAUAGCCUGUCCUUGAUCUGCCAUUCAUCAUUAAUAUUCUGAUAGCCUGUCCUUGAUCUGCCAUUCAUGAUGAAGAAUGUAACUGUACUUGCUUGAUCUGUCAUUCAUCAUCAAGAAUGUAAAUGUACUUGCUUGAUCUGUCAUUCAUCAUCAAGAAUGUAAAUGUACUUGCUUGAUCUGUCAUUCAUCAUCAAGAAUGUAAAUAUACUUGCUUGAUCUGUCAUUCAUCAUCAAGAAGUAUGUAAAUGUAUUUGCUUGAUCUGUCAUUCAUCAUCAAGAAUGUAAAUAUACUUGCUUGAUCUGUCAUUCAUCAUCAAGAAUGUAAAUAUACUUGCUUGAUCUGUCAUACAUCAUCAAGAAUGUAAAUAUACUUGCUUCAUCAUCAAGAAUGUAAAUGUACUUGCUUGAUCUGCCAUUCAUCAAGUAUGUAAAUGUACUUGCUUGAUCUGUCUGUCAUUCAUCAUCAAAUAUGUAAAUGUACUUACUUGAUCUGCCAUUCACCAUCAAGAAUGUAAAUGUACAUGCUUGAUAUGCCACUCAUCGUCAAGAAUGUAAAUGUACUUGCUUGAUCUGUCAUUCAUCAAGUAUGAAUGAAUGAAUGAAUAAAUUUAUAAGAAUAGCAUGCAAUGCUUUGUACAUAUUGCCCAGUGAUCAUCUGUUGCCAAGAGCUAUGAUUUCUUAUGUUCUGUUGAAUGUUUCAAAUAUUAUUGAACUUUCUAUUUUUUCACCAAUAUGUGUUAUGCUCUAAAAAUAUAUACAUUACUGGAUGUAUAAAUCUCCAAACCAUUGGUUGAAAUAAAGAACAUUCAUUCAUUCAUUCAUUCAUGCUUGAUAUGCCACUCACCGUCAAGAAUGUAAAUGUACUUGCUUGAUCUGUCAUUCAUCAAGUAUGUAAAUGUACUUGCUUGAUCUGCCAUUCAUCAUCAAGUAUGUAAAUGUACCUGCUUGAUCUGCCAUUCAUCAUCAAGUAUGUAAAUGUACUUGCUUGAUCUGUCAUUCACCAUCAAGAAUGUAAAUGUACUUGCUUGAUCUGCCAUUCACCAUCAAGAAUGUAAAUGUACAUGCUUGAUCUGCCAUUCACCAUCAAGAAUGUAAAUGUACUUGCUUGAGUGCUGUGUCUGUAACAUCAUUCUGCUUGAAAAAAAGGGCAAAUAACAGGCGGCUUAAAUCUAAAAUUCAUUUGUUUAGUUAACAAAAUAUCAAGCUUGACCGACUGUCCAUGCUGUCGAAGACACAAACUUUAAGGACGCUAAAGGACGGAUUGACCGGACGAUUGUGGACGGGUCGUCCUGCCAUCUCAACGAACUCCCAUAGUCAGCUUGUUUGAGCAAAGGAUCCUUUAAUUGGGAAAUGAUGACCAGUUCGUCAACUUCGAUGUCAGAUAAAGGAGGAGAAGUGACGAUGUUUGGUUAUACAAAGCAACCCCAAAACAACGAUCGCAAGAGCAUUUUGCAGCUUCUAAGUAUAAAGAUUUGAGAAAAUAAAGCGGUGACAAAACAUGGCCUAUACAAACGUG